AAACAAGAUGGGUGAAGUUUAACCCCUCCUGAUUCCUGCCGCUCUACCAAACUUUGACAAGAAUACGGGCAAGGCAACAGCACAGCAAUCUUCUUUCCGGAAUUCCGGAAUUGGGAUACUCAUAAAAUCAUAAUCCUAAAAUGAGAAGUGGAGCUGCACUUGUCGUUAUCAUAGUUGUUGCAUUCACUUGUCAAUCAUUCGUGGAGCCUGAGAGAGUGUACUUAAAUGAGUGGGCCGUGGAAGUGAAGGGAGGAGAGAGUGUCGCUCGCAACGUUGCAUCAGAUCAUGGACUGCACUAUAUAAGAAGGAUUGGCUCAUUAAAAGAUAAAUAUCAUCUUUCUCGUGGCGCAGAGGUGGUGCGCUCAAAACGAGCUGCUGAUGAUGUCACAGAACUACUAAUGGAAGACGAAAGGGUUUUAUGGGUAAGCCAGCAACCUGAGACGAUGCUGGGGCGACGAUCAGGAAAUUUUGUGCCCCCUGACGUGACUGGAGAUGACUACGACAUAAGUUUCAAUGAUCCAAAGUGGCCUAAGCAGUGGUAUCUUCAUAAUGAUGGUCAGCAGGGGGCAGUCCCUGGGGUCGACAUGAAUCUGGUCCCGGCCUGGAAACUAGGAUUUACCGGCAAAGGUGUUGUUGUUACUGUUGUGGAUGAUGGCAUGGAUUAUACUCACCCUGAUCUCUCUCCUAAUUUUGAUAAAGAUGCAAGUUUUGAUUUCAACAAUAAAAGCAAAACUGCCGAUAUUGACCCUCGACCCAAUGAUUCUAAAGAAGCUGGAAUGGAAAAUGCGCAUGGUACAAGGUGCGCCGGUGAGAUAGCCGCCGUUGCCAACAACGGCAUCUGUGGCGUGGGUGCUGCAUAUGAAGCUAGUAUAGGAGGGCUAAGGAUUCUUGAUGGAGGAGUGACAGAUGCUAUGCAAGCAUCUGCUGUUUUGUUUAACAACAGUCACAUUGACAUCUACAGUUGUUGCUGGGGACCUCCUGAUGAUGGCAAGACAUUCCAAAAACCUGGGGAGCUUCUUACACAAGCACUUGAGAAGGGUGCUAAUGAGGGUCGUAAUGGCAAAGGAUCCAUCUUUGUUUGGGCCUCUGGUAACGGUGGUGCUCAGGAUGAUGACUGUAGUGCUGAUGCCUAUGUCGGAAACAUCCACACCAUAUCUAUAGGAUCGGCAAAUGAUAAAGGCCAGUCAGUAUAUUUCAUGGAGAAGUGCCCUUCAACCCUCGCUGUGACCCUGUCCGGUGGACCUCACAAAGCAUAUACUGAUUUUAACAUGAAUGAAGUGACCACAACAGAUCUGCACAACGGUUGCACAUCUAAGUUCAUUGGUACGUCAAGUGCAGCACCAUUGGCGUCUGGGAUUCUUGCCCUUGUACUACAGGCAAACCCAUCGCUAACAUGGAGAGAUGUUCAGCAUAUCAUCGUACAUGGCAGCCAUAUUCCGAACCCAAUGGAGGGCGGGUGGCACAUCAAUGGCGCAGGCUAUCAUCUCAACCAUCGAUUCGGUUUUGGUGUCCUGGACGCCGGUAAGAUGGUGAAAUUGGCUCUCACUUGGGAGAAUGUACCAGAACAACAAACCUGUAAAACACCUGUCACUGAAUAUAAUAUCGAAGCAGCUCAGGGUGAAACGAAAACUAUUUUUAUAAAAGUCGAGAACUGCCACAACAUCAAGCAGCUGGAACACACGCAGGCACACAUCACGUUUCAGUCCCCACGUAGAGGAGACAUCAGUAUCAUGUUGUAUUCUCCAUCCGGCACCCCCUCUGAGCUGCUCUCAACGCGCAAGUACGAUAGUGAUUUUAACGGAAUAAGCAAUUGGCCGUUCAUGACCGUGCAUAACUGGGGUGAAAAUCCGCAAGGCAUAUGGACGCUGGAGUUCACGUACAACGAAACGCCGAAAGAUAUUGAUGACCCGCCAGAUGUAAUGCCAAGAAAAAAAUCUAAGGCUGUAUUAGUAUCGGUAGGUUUAACAUUUUAUGGCAUCAGAGAGAUAGAAGUGAAUGACAACAAGGAAAAUGUGGAUCCAAAUCCUGCGAUAAAUCCGCAGCACGCAGGAAAGAGUAAUCAAAAUACGGUUGUUGAUAUCUACAAUGACGAGCAACUCCACAAUGAGGAAAUAGUACUAGAUGUUAAUGAUAUCUCGGGUGCGGCAAAGCUGCCACCGAACAAAGACCACAAUCUUGAUGAAGAUGGGGAUCUCAUCGACACAGGCAAUUUUGAUGGCGUACUUUUGGGGGCCAGUCAGAAUAUAAUAUUAGAUGAGAAUUUUCUAGAUAGUUUGGAUGUGAAAGAACUUAAAGUUUUAUUACGGGAAGUAGUCCUAGAGGAAAAAGUACUUGAAUUGGAGAGAAUGCUUGAGGGCCAGCGUAGUAAACGAAGCCCACCUGGUCAGGGUUAAAAUGGAAAAAUCAGAAUUUUACAACUCAUGAUUUAAGAUCACUGUGUUAUCAAUUAUUACCAGUCUUAAAUAUAUUAUAAGUUAAUCAUGACAUCAUCACUAUAACUAACAAGGUUAUUUUUGCAUUCCCUCAGGAUUUUUUCAUGCAUUAAUCUAACAUUUGUAUAAUAGUUUCCACCAGUCUGUGGUACACAACUAUACUAAUUGCUUAAUAGUAUAUAUUAUGAUGAUUUUUAUAACAUAUUGCUGAUGGGCCUCAGGUUUUAAUCUCUUUUUUCCCCAUUAUAUUAGAUAUGUUUAUUUAAACUCAUGUACUUGUUUAUAUACAUACUUAUUUGUUUAUAUAAUCUAAUUCAUUUAUUAGCCUAUAUAAUGUAAUUUACAUUUAUGUAAAUUCAUGUUUGUGGGUAAGUAAACCCAUGUAUUGGCUUAUAUAUACUCAUUUAUUUGUGUAUAUAAACUUAAAUGUAUUUGGUUAUUUAAAUUUAAAUAAUUGAUCUUUUUCAUUUAUUCAUUUAUAUAAAUGCUUUUAUUUGUUUAGACUAUAUAAACUUGUUAAAU